AUGAAUACCAAACUUUCUGACCACGGUCAAACGGGUGAGGAGGCCGCCGAGUCUCCAAGCCAGAGAUUUCCAAAGGUCGAAUAUAAUCAACCACAGUUCUCGCUCUACGAACUUCCAAUGGCCACCCUCUCCAUCGGAACCAAGCGAUACAGCAUCCCGUCAUUCUAUCUCCAGAAGUAUCCUCUCUUCGAAGAUAUGUUUCUCUUCGAAGACCUACGGCUUUCCGGUGUUCCUGAAGAUAUUGGCCACACAUUAGUGCAUUUCUUAUACACGGGUGCUUAUGAGACCAUUGACUCGCCACUAAGUGAACGCACAUCUUACGUAGAACGAGAAUACCAAAGAAGCGUCCAAGUCUACCAUACAUGCAGGAAGUACGGUCUCCCUGAUCUCGAGGCGCUUGCUGAAAAACAUAUUGAAUAUUUUGGCAAAGCAAUGACGACGAUCGAACUUAUGAAUUCAACCAGGGAGGCCUUCUUUUUACUUCCCGAAGAUGAGAUAUGGCUUCCAGAAUAUGUCAGGAAAGUCCUUCGACGGGAAUUUGUGUCUGUAAAGUCACAGCCCAAUAUUCGCGAAAUUGCUAAUAAUGGCACCGGCAAGAAAAUCGAGCUGUUUAGCACAGCAGUCAUGGCGGUUGUGAUUGACAUCCUCUGCGUCCACGUACAACAGUGCGUGAAAAACCACAAAGGGCACCUCGAUUCUCUUGAAGCCGAGGGUGACACAGAGCCUGAGCAUGCGGCAGCAAGCGAUGCAGGUACCGGAGAAUACUUUGUGUGGCCAGAGAAGCCUGCUUCCGCCGAGGCUAACGUCGCGGUGAAUGGGUUGCCUGUUUCCCCAGACGAAAGUGCUGUUGACUAUCCUGGCUCCUUUGCUCAAGCUCCCAUUUGUGACCCUGACGACCUCGAAAAAUUCCCCACUGAGGAUGCCGAUCAAAUUCCCGACUGUCCCCCUGAUGAUUCCGCUGACCACCCCACCGAAUACCUGGCUGAAGAUCUCGCUCCUUUCAGUGCCUGUCAUACCGCCGCAUUUCCUGCAAACAAUGCCCGUAUGACGGGGUGGGCUGGUGUUCCCGACCAGCCUUUCGCUUAUGAGCCUUGCUAUGAAGAAGCUGCCCUCGAGGAGCCUGCCCCUGAUGAAGAUGUCCCGGAGCCGCUUGUCUAUGGGGACCCUGUUUAUGAGAAGGCCGCCGCCGAUAAGCCUGUCCUGGAAGAAGAGGCCUCCCCCGAGGAGGCUACCGCCCAGGAGCCCGUAGCCGAAGUCAUCACCACUCAAGCGACCUCGGACAGCCCUCUAGUGCCAAAUUCAUCUUUAUAUGUGAAUUGGAACCUCCUCUCCUCUAAGGAUCAAAAAAAGAGGAUCAAAAAGCUAAGGGCAAGAGGUCUUCCAAUCCCCGACAAGAAUGGUGUUAUUUCAAUAAAUUUGGCCUAG